GCUACCCUGCUGAGCUAGGGCCGGUCCGGCAGCUAGCCCGCCGCCCGCGCCCCGCUGCAGUCCCGCGCCCGCCCCGCGCCCGCCAUGUCCGAGAUCUUGCCCUACAGCGAGGACAAGAUGGGCCGCUUCGGCGCAGACCCCGAGGGCUCCGAUCUCUCCUUCAGCUGCCGCCUGCAGGACACCAACUCCUUCUUCGCAGGCAACCAGGCCAAGCGACCCCCUAAGCUGGGCCAGAUUGGCCGAGCCAAGCGAGUGGUGAUCGAGGAUGACCGGAUAGACGACGUGCUGAAGGGGAUGGGGGAGAAGCCGCCGUCCGGAGUGUAGACACGCCGGCUCGGGCGGCGGGCUCCGGGCCCAGCCUCGCAGCGGCCAG